CAGCACAAAUCUGCGUGCCAGCCCGGGCAGGCUCUUUGCAGGAGGCCUCUGACCUUUAGGGAUCUCCUGGCAUUUGAGAGGGAGGUUUGCCUCGUGGCUGCGGCCAGAAUUUCUCCUUCCCCGCACCAACACAUGGCUGCGGCCACCUCGUCCCCAGAAGCAGAUGCACAAAUGCUGGCCACAAUCCUGUGACGCAGCAAUGACCUCUGCUCUGGCGCUGGCUUUGGCGGGGCUGGCAGGUGACCCAUGCAUCUUUUAUUUGAGCUCAGACACCAUCCCAGUGGAGACGGGGAUCCCUUUCGGAAAUGGGGCUUUGUGCCCCCUGAGCUGCUGAGCUGCCCCUUGGGAAGCCGACGGGAGCAGCCGGUGGCACCGAAGUCGACGCUGGGAGAUAAGCCAGAAAACCUUUAAAAGAAACAAUUGGGGUUUUAAUGCUGCUGGGCCUUGCAUGGGGACCAGACAGCAGCACGCAGGGCAGGAUGCAGCCCUGUGUGGCAUCGUUUAGGGAUGGCAAGGGAGGACAUGAUCCACAGCGUUGCCAGAGGUCAAAGAAAAGGGAUGUGGUGUACAAAUAGCAGGUUCUUUUUGGGCUCCGAGUGUCUCUGCUCAGCCCUGGGCAGGAGGGGAGGGCUGCGCUGGGAGACACAGGUAUCGGCUGCGAGGGGCCAUGCAUCGCUGUCCUAAUGGAGAGGCAGACAGGCGCAGGGACAGGCGAGAAGGUUACUCGAAAGCACCCCCAUGCCACGUUACUCGAAAGCAUCCCCAUGCCGCUCUGCCCUCACCGCGCCCUGGGUGCUGGCAGCUGGGGGAAGCAUGGGGGUAACCCAGGGUGUGCUCACAAUGCAGGCUGGCCCUCCUCAUUGUUACUGCCCGGUGAUGGUGGAGGGCAGGAGGCGAUGCCCUCUGCGCCGCUCAGGACAUCGCCGGGCAGAGAGGGCCAUGGCCAAAGGGCUGUGAUCCGGCUGGUCCCCAUGCCGCGUGGGGGAACGUCUCCGAUGGAGACCCUCGGCUCGGACUCGUCCCACGCUGCCUGAGGCUCUAGCGAUCCCUUUCUCUGGACUUUCCCCCUUGGGUAGACGGCGCCCUGGCUCCCCCAAUGUGUGUCAUAUGCUUUGGGAAAGCGCUCGGCCACGUGUUUACCACCUACCUGGCCGCCAGCUACAAGUCCCAGUUCCGGAGCUGGCCUGUGGACUUCCGAUGGGACGAGGCUGGCGGCCACGGCCCCCCAGCGCCACCCUGCCCGGCCACCGUGGGAGGAGAGCCGCGGGGACGCCCUGCGAGCGCGGCACGCGGGCGCACCAACGCUGCCCAACACUGCUCUCUGCUCAGGAUGAAGCAGCUGCCCGGCCAGCUGGCCAGCUACGUCCUGGCUCGCUCGGUGGGCCGGUGGCUGCUUUACCCCGGCUCCAUCUCGCUGCUGCAGAAGGCCCUGCAGCCCUUGCUGGUGGAGGGGCAGGCCCGCCUGCUAGGGCAGUUUCAUGGCAAGCGGGCCAAGCUGGUGGCUCGCGACGGCAACCAGAUAGACACCAUGUUCGUGGACCGGAGGAGGAGCACGGCGGGCGGCGAGGACCUGGCGCGAGGGAAGCAGCUGGUCAUCUGCUGCGAGGGGAACGUGGGUUUCUAUGAAGUAGGCUGCCUGGCCACGCCGCUGGAAGCCGGCUACUCCGCCCUGGGCUGGAACCACCCCGGCUAUGCCGGGAGCACGGGCCUGCCCUUCCCGCGACACGACGCCAACGCCAUGGAGGUGGUGGUGCAAUACGCCAUGAACCGCCUGGGCUUCCAGCUCCAGGACAUCCUCCUCUACGGCUGGUCCCUCGGGGGCUACACGGCCACCUGGGCCGCCAUGACCUACCCGCAGCUGGGCGCCCUGGUGCUGGACGCCACGUUCGACCACCUGCUGCCCUUGGCUUUGAAGGUCAUGCCCAAGAGCUGGAGCAAGCUGGUGGCCCGCACGGUGCAGCGGCACUUCAACCUCAAUGUGGCCGAGCAGCUCUGCGCCUACCCGGGGCCAGUGCUGCUGAUCCGCAGGACCCUGGACCAGGUCACCGCCACCCACGUCAGGACCACGGACCGGCUCGCCGACAUCCGGUCCAACCGCGGCAACAAGCUGCUGCUGCGGCUGCUGAGAUCCCGCUACCCCGAGGUCAUGGUGCGGGACGGGGAGGUGGCUGUGCACCACUGGCUGAGGGCCGCCAGCCCCGCGCAGGAAGCGGCCGUCUGCAGGUACUACCAGGUGGAGGAGGACUGGUGCAUCGCCCAGCUGCAAGCCUACAAAUCCAGCCUGGGGCCUGGAGACGGCUUCCCUUGGAGGGUCGGGAAGGACACGACCCCUGGAAGAAGGCAGCAGCUGGCCCUGUUUCUGGCUACGAAGUACAUGAAGAACGUGGAGGCCACGCACUGGACUCUCUUGCUGCCCAACGAGUUCCAGAUGCCCUGGAAGCUCUAGCGGGGGGCGGCGGGAGACGAGCCCAGGAGAGUCGGGGGCACAGGCUAGGACACAAGAAGCCGGGCUCCCCCGUUCAAUGCGCUCGUUGUGCCUGUUUGCCGGGAUUUCAGCCUGUGGAGCGAUACGCUUUGCAGGCUCUGCAGGGAUGGAUUUCACCCCGGGGGGGAGCAGACGGCUGCAAAAUAAAAUGGUUAAAAAAACCCCGAA